AUGAGCCAACCGUACGUUAGCCCGCUCUCGAUAGCCGUAAUCUGUUCGUCCAACAUGAACCGAUCGAUGGAAGCACACGGGUUUUUGGCGAAAAAGCGGUUUAAGGUACGAUCGUUCGGUACGGGCGAUAAGGUGAAACUUCCCGGCACGGCAGCAGAUCGUCCGAAUGUUUACGAAUUCGGCACCACGUACGACGACAUCUAUAAUGACUUGGCCACGAAAGAUAAGCAAUACUACACACAGAACGGUCUCCUGCACAUGCUGGAUCGCAACAGACGAAUAAAAUCGUGCCCAGAAAAGUUUCAGCUAUGUACGGAAAGAUUUGACGUGCUAGUAACGUGCGAAGAACGGGUUUACGAUCAGGUGAUAGAAUAUAUGGAAUCAAAAACGCCCAGCUACAAUCUUCCAGUGCAUGUGAUUAACAUCGAUAUCCAGGACAACCAUGAGGAAGCGACGGUUGGUGCUUUUCUCAUAUGUGAUCUUAUAACGAUGAUGGCUCAAAGCGAAGACUUGGACAACGAUAUCGACGAGCUGUUGCAUGAUUUCGAGAACAAAUGUCAGCGAAGUGUACUGCACUGCGUUCAGUUUUACUGA